AUGGUUUAUAAGAAAAGAAUUCAACAUUAUCCAAAGACGUAUGCUCAAAAUUUCGCUAUUGGGGAUUGCAUGCUCUCAAAUAAGUUUCAACUGCAGCACAAAACAUUUGUUGAGGACCGUGAUGCAGGUAAGUUGGAUGAGGAAGGUAAGUUACAAGACUUCAUUGAGUAUGUAUGGGAUCAACCGAAUAAUUAUUUGCAGCCAUGGAUGGAAGUGGAUCACAUCUACAUGCCCAUGAAUAUCUUGGAAUAUCAUUGGGUACUAUGCGUUGCACGUCUGCAAGAGUGGCGCAUAGACGUCUAUGUUUGCCAGCAAGGCAUUUAUAGCGAGGAACAAAUGGAAUCAUUUACGGCACCAAUGCGUGAGAUGCUUCCAUAUGUACUUCAUAAGACCCUGUAUCCUCCACAAUUACUCCGGUUUCCAUGGUUCACCUUGGACCCCAUGGAUUUUAGAAGAAUUCCACACCCCGAAGUCCCCAAAUGUGGGAAGUCUAGGGACUGUGGUGUGUUUGUAAUGUCGUACAUUGAAUGGUUGACUACUAACCUGGACAUACGCGAAGUGACCUUAGAUAUCAUGAUUCGUUUGAGGAAGAAGUGGGCAGUUAGGCUAUUCCAUCAAAUCAUAGAUUUAUAA